CGGAGGGGGCGGGCCCGCGCGCGCCGGGGCGGGGCAUUGUGGGUAAGAGGAAGCGCGAGGGCCGGCCCGCUCCCCCCCACGUGUCCGCCGGAGUUUCUACAGCAGCAACAUGGCCGCUGCCUGAGAGGAGAGCCCGACUGCCGCCGCCUCUGCAGCCCGCGGGUACCUGCUGGUUGCCGCCGCCCGUGCGCGGCCCCGCCGCAGAGACCGAGGCGAGGACUACACGGCUGGCUGUCCCUAGUAUGGCCAAUGAAGAGGAUGACCCAGUUGUACAGGAGAUCGACGUGUACUUGGCCAAAAGUCUGGCAGAGAAGCUGUAUCUGUUUCAGUACCCUGUGCGACCAGCCUCGAUGACCUACGAUGACAUUCCACACCUUUCAGCCAGGAUCAAGCCCAGGCAGCAAAAGGUAGAGCUUGAGAUGGCCAUCGACACCCUGAAUCCCAACUAUUGCCGCAGCAAAGGGGAGCAGAUCGCGCUGAAUGUGGACGGUGCCUGCGCUGAUGAGACCAGCACAUACUCCUCGAAGCUGAUGGACAAGCAGACCUUCUGCUCUUCCCAGACCACCAGUAACACCUCCCGUUAUGCAGCUGCACUCUACAGGCAAGGUGAGCUCCACCUGACGCCUUUACAUGGCAUCCUACAGCUGCGGCCCAGCUUCUCCUACCUGGACAAGGCAGACGCCAAGCACCGUGAGAGAGAAGCCGCCAAUGAAGCUGGGGACUCUUCACAGGACGAGGCGGAAGAAGAUGUGAAGCAGAUCACUGUACGGUUCUCACGACCGGAGUCAGAGCAGGCCCGCCAGCGGCGUGUACAGUCCUACGAGUUCCUGCAGAAGAGGCAGGCAGAAGAGCCCUGGGUCCAGCUGCACUACUGUGGCCUGAGGGUGAGCCAGGACAGCCGCUCAGAGCAUGAGCGUCAGUACCUGCUGUGCCAGGGCUCCAGCGGGGUGGAGAACACAGAGCUUGUCAAGUCUCCCAGUGAGUACCUCAUGAUGCUGAUGCCACCUAGCCAGGAGGAGGAGAAAGACAAGCCUGUGGCCCCCAGCAACAUCCUGUCCAUGGCUCAGCUGCGCACACUGCCCCUGGCUGACCAGAUCAAGAUACUGAUGAAGAACGUGAAGGUCAUGCCUUUUGCCAACUUGAUGAGCCUCCUGGGCCCCUCUGUGGACUCUGUGGCUGUUCUGCGUGGUAUCCAGAAGGUGGCAAUGUUAGUCCAAGGAAACUGGGUGGUAAAGAGUGACAUCCUGUACCCCAAGGAUUCAUCCAGUCCUCAUAGUGGUGUGCCUGCUGAGGUGCUGUGCAGGGGCCGAGACUUUGUUAUGUGGAAGUUCACGCAGAGUCGCUGGGUGGUGAGGAAGGAGGUCGCAACAGUGACCAAACUCUGUGCAGAGGAUGUAAAGGACUUGCUGGAGCACAUGGCCAUAGUGAGGAUCAACAAAGGCUGGGAGUUCAUACUGCCUCAUGACCGGGAGUUCAUUAAGAAGCAUCCAGAUGUGGUCCAGCGACAGCACAUGCUGUGGACAGGCAUCCAGGCUAAGUUAGAAAAGGUCUAUAAUCUUGUAAAGGAAGCCAUACCAAAGAAGCUGGAUGAACAACCAGGGCCUGCUGUGCUGGUGUCUGGGGAACAGCGGGUCCAAGUAGCCAAAAGCAAGGCCCAGCAGAACCAUGCCUUCCUGGAGCGGGAGCUGCAGCGCCGGAAGGAGCAGAUCCAGGCAUCCACAGUCAUGGGUGGCGUGCGCAUCAAGGAGGAGCCAGUGAGUGAGGAGGGCGAGGAUGAGGAUGAGCAGGAAGCCGAGGAGGAGGAGCCAAUGGACACCAUGCCCAGCAGUGGCCUCAGCAACAGACUGGCCAAUGGGCUGCCUACAGGGAGGGCUGCAGGUGGAGAUAGCUUCAAUGGCCACCCGCCCCCUGGCUGCUCCAGCACCUCUGUGGCCCGGGAACUCGGGGCGUUCGUGAAGGCCACUUUUCAGAGGCAGUUUGUGCUCACACUGAGCGAACUCAAGCGCCUCUUCAACCUGCACCUAGCUAGCCUGCCCCCUGGACACACGCUCUUCAGUGGCAUCUCAGACCGCAUGCUGCAGGACACGGUGCUGGCUGCCGGCUGCAAGCAGAUACUGGUGCCUUUUCCCCCACAGACUGCUGCUUCCCCGGAUGAGCAGAAGGUGUUUGCCCUCUGGGAGUCUGGAGACAUGAGUGAUCAGCAUCGACAGGUUUUGCUUGAAAUUUUUUCCAAAAAUUAUCGGGUACGCCGGAAUCUGAUCCAGUCUCGGUUGACUCAAGAGUGUGGAGAGGACCUAAGCAAACAGGAGGUGGAUAAAGUGCUAAAGGACUGCUGUGUAAGCUAUGGUGGCAUGUGGUACCUUAAAGGGACAGUGCAGUCUUGACAAUAGUAGUAUACCACUAACCCAACGACUCCAAGCCCAAGGAAGGAUGGCAGAGCUGGAAGUAGAGUGUCGACUUCCUCCAAAGACACAGCAAGAGCAACUGCCCGCCUCAGGGCCUGCGGCACUGCACAGUCCAGCGGACAGAGGGGCUCCUACUCGGCCAGUGGCAGGAUCAGCUUAAGUGAGAUCGCUCCCAGCAAAGACCAGCCAGACCUUUGCAGUACAAUUUGAAGUUCCUGUGUAAUUUGCUUGUUAUUUGGUUUCAUUCUCAUAAUAAAGAGAGUGUAACUGAUACAUGCAGGAUAAUGAAAGUCAUGGUUUAAUAUUUUCCUUGUUAAACUUAAUGCCAACAAAGUCAAAGUUAUGUUUACAAGAUGAAAAACCUCAAGGUUUUUAAUAUUUAAAAUGCCCAGAAGCCAGUUAUCUAGUCUUAGAUUGUCUAUCUGCUAAGACUUCUGCCAAUUUCGUUAAAUCAAAUUGGAUUGUUUUACGUUGGGUUUCUGUGGCCACUUCACCUUUUACAACAACCUACUUUAUGUAGCAGUCUCUACUGUUUACAUGAACCAUAGCAAAAAAUUAGAAUCAAAUCCAUCUUCUCUGUUUGCAUAAAGAUGCAAACAAAACCAGGUAAGUGUGGAACAAUGUAUAAGUGAGGUUAUCACACUUUGAUGUAAAGAAUUUAUAUUUUGUGUAUUUUAAAAAUAAAUGCUAACACUAA